AUGGAGAACGAACAGCAGAAAGAACUGAUCCAGAAGCAAAGCCAGGAAAUUACAGAUCUGAAAGAACAAAUGGCUAUGUUGAUUACUCAGAUGUCACAAUUUAUGAAAGGAAAAACAGUUACAGAAAGUUCAGCACAAAAAGGAGAGCCCAUGCUUCAGCUUUAUGACAACACGGCAAUGAACUUCUCAGGAAGUGCGCCGGUAGUUGGGCCAGCCCGGGAUGGUGGAUUUCCAUCACUGGAUUCCCAGCAGAAAACAUAUGUCAUGCCCGUAGAGGCUAAAGGGGAGCAAGGAAGAGGUCUUACUGUAGAGCAAUACAAAAAGAUGGAAAAAUGGAUGAAUUCAAUGGAAGGAUUUGGGCAUGUUGGUGCUUUAAGCCCACAUAAGCUAUGUUUGGUGAAAGAUCUGAUCAUUCCUCCUGAUUUCAAGCUUCCUGCUUUUACUCCCUUCGAUGGUACUGGAAUUCCUCUAGAUCAUCUGACCAUCUUAGAUCCGUCUUCUGUUGAGACCUGGGAGGAUCUGGCUAACUUAUUCCUUAAGAAGUAUGAGCAUAACAUGGAGAAGGUCCCUACCAUCUAUGAUCUUCAGUGUACUGUCAUGAAGGAAGGAGAAAGUUUUCGGGAUUGGGCCCAUAGAUGGAGAGACUUAGCAUCCCAGAUGCACCCUCCGUUGGCGGAACAAGAUCUGGUUAAUGCAUUCAUUGACGCACUUCGAGAGCCUUAUAUUUCAAAAAUUGCUGGAGGGGGGCAUGCAGGUUUAGGAGAAAUGAUUCGAGCAGGGGAACGUAUUGAGAGAUGCAUGCAAAGAGGAAAUAUUAGCAUUAGCGUCCCGAUGAUUGAGAAACCAGAGUAUCAGAAGGGAGGGAAGAUGAAGAAGAAGGAAAACGAGGUGCAUACCGUUAAUUAUAGCAGCAAUCCCACUUAUGGGUCUCCCACUUCUGAUUACAGGCCGCGAAGCAAUGCUCCCAGGCUGUCUAGUCCAUGUAACCACUACCCAAACUCAAAUUCCUACCCGCCACCUCAGCAUUCUUAUCAACCACCUCAGCAGACUUACCAACCACCUCAGCAAGCUUAUCGACCAUCUCAGCAAAAUUACCAGCCACCUCAGCAAGCUUACCAAACACCCCGCCAAAAUUACCAAAACUUUGAAAAUAACCCCAUACCCCUAAGGCAGAUAGAACAGUUCGCUCUGAUACCCAUGACUUAUGCCCAGUGUUACGACAAGUUAUUGUCUAAUUCAGCUAUUGCACCUAUCUCGGGAGGGGGACCCCAGAAUCCACCUUAUCCUCAUUGGUACAACCCUGAGGUGACGAAGCCCGAUGUGACCACUAAUCCUUUGCCGGAUCAUGGCAAUGGAGGUACCAAUGCUGUUGAGGGUUCAGGUGAGUUUAGGAGGAAAAUUGCAGAGGUAACUAUGUCUUUGAGUUUGGUGUUGGGUGCUUUGGAAAAUGAAGGACUUAUUAAAAGAGAGGAGUUGGACUUGACGUUGAGAUACGAUGGUUAUGAUGAGUUGAAGACUUAUUUGAUUGAUAGCAAGAAAGUAGUAUUUGGUGUGAAGUCAGGGUGCCCGAAUGCAGUCAAUGUUAUUGGGGAUGAAUUCUAUAAAGGACCAAGGCCUGGUGGGAGGACGAAGCCAAUUGUUUUGCAGUACUUUUUAGAAGAUCAACCAUUUGUCAAAAGUCCACAACCUUCAAAGCCUUCUUACGUGAGUGAUGUUCCAUGGGUAUACGAGAAAAAUGAUCCUGGGGUUACUGUGGAUAAUAUCUCAGGGGUGAGUAGGAUAACCCGAACUGGACGGGUUUACUCUCGAGAGGAGUCAAGUGACCCAGUGAUAGGAGCAGAAAUUGAAAGGAAAAGGAAGGGAAAGGAUGUUGUGGGAGCGGAAGAGAAUUUGAAAGAUUUGAAGAGAGACCAGAUUGUAUGCGAAGAAGUUAAGAAAGCAGUGACUGAUGGAGAAAUGCAGGAGUUUCUGAAGAUUGUCCGUCAAAGCGAAUAUAUGAUUGUAGACCAACUGAAAAAGACCCCAGCAAGGAUUUCCAUCCUGGAAUUAAUCAUGAGUUCGGAGCCACAUCGUAAGGUGUUGUUGAGAAUGUUAAAUCAGGCCUAUGUGCCAGAAAAGAUACCGACAGAAUCUUUUGACGGGAUCGUCGGAAAUGUGCUCGCAACUCACUUAUUAUCAUUUACUGAAGAGGAGAUUCCAGGUGAAGGGAUGGGCCAUAACAAGGCGUUGCAUAUUUCUGCCAUGUGUAGGGGUUUUGAAGUGGCGAGUAUUUUGAUUGACAAUGGAUCGUCGUUGAAUAUCUUGCCAAAUGAGACUUUUGAUAGGCUGCCAAUUGAUAGAUCAUAUUUGAAGCAAGUACUAGUGGUGGCCAAAGCAUUCGAUGGAACCAAGAAGGAGAUAAUGGGGGAGAUCGAGGUCCCUUUGGAGAUCGCAAAUGUUACAUUCAAUGUCCCCUUUAUGGUGAUGGAUAUAUCGCCGACUUACAGUUGCCUAUUAGGUAGGCCGUGGAUCCAUACUGCUGGUGCAGUACCAUCGUCUUUACAUCAGAAUCUCAAAUUUGCUCACGGAGGAAGAGUUUACAUUGUUAAGGGCCAGUCGAAAUGGAUGGUGGCUAGCGUUUCAAACUCACUCCAUAUUGAUGCGCCCCUGCAGGGGAUUGAAAGCUCAUUUCAAUCCUUUGAGAUUGCUACUACUAGUAUUGUGAAGGAAGAGCAGUUUCUGGUCAAUCCUCUCAAUGCAGGGGCAAUUCCAAGGAAAUUGAUCCUUAAUCUUCCUGUUGAUCAGGUAGAAACGAGUCGAACUGGGGCAAAUUUUGGAGAGCUGUGUGAGCAGUUGGAAGGUUUUCAUGUUGCUUUUAUAGAAGAGGGUCAGAACUUUGCUGCUAAGUCUUAUUAUGUCAUCCCUCGGCCUCCAGAAUGA